AUGGACGAUGAAUGGGAUGAUUCUUCUGAAAUUGUUGUGCAACCUCCGGCUGUUAAUAACAUUUACUAUGAAGAAAGUGUUGAUGAGGGACAUAGCCUCUCAAGAGGCAGAGGUUUUCCUAGUUUCAAUGAGGAUGAUUGUAGCAAGGAUAUGGGAAAUGGAUUUGGUGAGAGACGAGGGCGAGGCGGAGGCAGAGGUCGAGGUGGACGCGGUGGUCGUGGUGGGAACAGAGAGCACAGAAAUUAUGAGACAAAUGGAGAUAAUGACGAUGAAAACAGAGGUGACAGAGGUGAACGUGGCAGGGGAAGAGGAAGGGGCCGGGGAGGUGGAGGAGGUAGAGGUGGACGGAGCAAUGAUGGUGGACGGAACAAUGAUGGUGACAACAAUGAAGCUGGUGAUGAUGAUGCAAAGAAACCACCAGUCACCUAUGUGCCUCCAGAACCCACCGAAAAUGAGCAAGAGAUCUUUAGCAGCACCAUCAGUUCAGGAAUUAAUUUUGAUAAAUUUGACCGCAUUGCAGUUAAAGUGAGCGGAGAAAAUCCACCACAACCUAUUGAUAGUUUUGAAACUGCAAACUUACGAAAGUAUGUGCUGGACAACAUAUUGCGAUCAGGUUACAAGAAACCAACACCCAUACAAAAACAUGCUAUACCUAUUAUCAUGGCUGGUCGUGAUCUAAUGGGCUGUGCACAAACUGGAUCUGGAAAAACUGCCGCAUUUCUGUUACCCAUAAUUAAUAUCCUUCUCCAAGAUUUAAGAGAUCUGGUUGUAAGCCCAAACGCUCAACCACAGGUUGUAAUUGUAGCACCUACGAGAGAAUUGACACUACAAAUAUUUAAUGAAGCGCGGAAAUUCUCCUAUGGUUCUAUAUUAAAGGUAGCAGUGGCAUAUGGUGGCACCGCUGUACGCCACCAAGGCGACAACAUCUCACGUGGCUGCCACAUACUAGUUGCGACGCCUGGGCGGCUGCACGACUUCGUCGACCGCAAACGUUUGUCCUUCGAAAGCGUCCGCUUUGUGGUGCUGGAUGAGGCGGACCGCAUGCUCGACAUGGGCUUCAUGCCCACAGUCGAAAAGAUGAUGGAUCAUCCAACUAUGGUGCCCAUUGGUGAACGUCAAACACUGAUGUUCUCUGCGACAUUUCCUGAAGACAUCCAACACUUGGCUGGUCGCUUUCUGAACAACUAUCUCUUCAUCGCGGUCGGCAUCGUUGGCGGGGCCAGCACCGACGUUGAGCAAAUAUUCCAUCAAGUCAGCAAAUAUGAAAAACAGACCAUGCUUAAAAAGCUUAUUGACGAAAACGACGGUAAGCGCGUUCUUGUCUUUGUGGAGACCAAACGCAACGCUGACUUCAUCGCCGCAAUGUUGUCGGAACAGCAGAUGCUGACUUCGUCAAUUCACGGUGACCGCAUGCAAAAGGAGCGCGAAGAAGCUCUGCACAAUUUUAAGAGCGGACGACAUUUUAUACUCGUGGCGACAGCUGUUGCUGCACGUGGCUUGGAUAUAAAAAACGUGGACAUUGUUGUCAACUACGACCUGCCGAAAAGUAUAGACGAGUACGUGCACAGAAUCGGCCGUACGGGACGUGUCGGCAACAGGGGCAAAGCAGUGUCAUUUUACGACGCCGAUCAGGAUGCAGCGCUGACGGCAGACUUGGGGAAAAUUUUACGCCAAGCUGAUCAACCCGUGCCGGACUUCUUGCAGGGCGGCGGUACCGCCACCUACAAGGGCAAUAAAUACGGUGGCAGCGAUGUUCGAAACUUCAAUAAUGCAAGCUCUAAUGUAACUCAAGGGCAAGAGCCUGAAGAAGAGUGG